UGUCAGCCCAUGUGGCGUGGCCGCCGCACACAGCACAGCGCGCAUUUAAAUUCAUCACAGCCCCGCAGAACCGAGCCCAACAACCCGAACCCGAGAACCGAGCCGGCACUGCAGCAGCAGCUGGGACGCGGAGCUUUAAUUCAGGAUUCCAGGACAGGUGACACCCAGCAGUGACUCGAGAUGGACGAGAUCGUCAUCGCCGGGAUAUCGGGCCGCCUGCCGGAGUCCAACAACCUGGAGGAGUUCUGGGAGAACCUCAUCAACAGUGUGGACAUGGUGACGGAGGACGACCGGCGGUGGAAGCCAGGUCUGUACGGGCUCCCGAGGAGGAACGGGAAGCUGAAGGACAUCGGCCACUUCGACGCCUCCUUCUUCGGCGUCCACCCCAAGCAGGCCAACACCAUGGACCCGCAGCUGCGGCUGAUGCUGGAGAUCUCCUACGAGGCCAUCGUGGACGGAGGACUGAGCCCCAGCGCGCUGCGCGGCAGCAAGACGGGCGUCUACAUCGGCGUGAGCGGCUCGGAGGCCGGCGAGGCGUUCAGCCGGGACCCCGAGGAGCUGCUGGGCUACAGCAUGACCGGCUGCCAGCGCGCCAUGCUGGCCAACAGACUCUCCUACUUCUUCGACUUCAAAGGCCCCAGCACCGCCAUCGACACCGCCUGCUCCUCCAGCCUGCUGGCGUUGGAAAACGCCUUCCACGCCAUUCGCCAGGGCCACUGUGACGCCGCGCUGGUGGGCGGAGUCAACCUGCUGCUCAAGCCAAACACCUCAGUGCAGUUCAUGAAGCUGGGCAUGCUCAGUCCGGAGGGCACCUGCAAGUCCUUCGACUCGUCAGGAAACGGAUACUGCCGGUCUGAGGCGGCGGUGGCGGUGCUGCUGAUGAGGCGGCCGCUGGCCAGGAGAGUCUACGCCACGGUGCUCAACGCAGGAAACAACACAGACGGAUACAAAGAUCAAGGUGUGACGUUCCCCUCAGGUGAGAUGCAGCAGCGUCUGGUCCGGUCCUUGUACCAGGAGGCCAACGUGUCUCCAGAUCAGGUGGAGUACAUCGAGGCCCACGGCACCGGAACCAAGGUGGGGGACCCGCAGGAGGUCAACGGGAUCGUUGGCGUCUUCUGUCAGUCCAAGCGAGAGCCGCUGCUCAUCGGGUCCACCAAGUCCAACAUGGGUCAUCCAGAACCGGCCUCGGGCCUGGCGGCGCUGGCCAAGGUGGUCCUGUCCCUGGAGCGCCGGGUCUGGGCCCCCAACCUGCACUUCCACAGUCCCAACCCCGACAUCCCGGCCCUGACGGACGGCCGGGUCCAGGUGGUGGACCGGCCCACCCCGGUCCGGGGCGGCAUCGUGGGGAUCAACUCCUUCGGGUUCGGAGGCUCCAACGUCCACGUCAUCCUCCGGCCGGGCGACGCGGCGACGGCUGCUCACGACGGCAGCGCGCCGAGGACGUUACCCAGAAUCCUCAAGGCCUGCGGCCGCACGGAGGCGGCGGUGCGGGCCGUCCUGCAGAAGGGCAGGGAGCACGCGGCGGACGACGGAUUCCUGUCCCUGCUGAACGGCGUGGCGGGGGCGCCGCCCGCCGCCAUGCCCUACCGGGGCUUCGCCGUGCUGGGCGCGCAGGCCGACGUCACUGAGGUGCUGCAGGUGCAGGCGGCCGCCCGGCCGCUCUGGUACGUCUGCUCAGGUAUGGGCACCCAGUGGGCCGGGAUGGGCCGCAGCCUCAUGCAGCUGCCGGACUUCCGGGAGUCGGUCCAGCGCUCGGACUCGGCCCUGCGGGACACGGGCCUGGUGGUGUCCCGGCUGCUCAUGGAGGCCGACGAGAACACGUUUGAGGACACGGUCCACGCCUUCGUGGGCCUCGCCGCCAUACAGAUCGCCCUGAUCGACCUGCUGACCCGGAUGGGGCUGCAGCCGGACGGCAUCAUCGGCCACUCGGUGGGCGAGCUGGCCUGCGGCUACGCCGACGGCUCGCUGAGCCACGCCGAGGCCAUCCUGGCCGCCUACUGGAGAGGCCUCUGCAUCAAGGAGGCCAGCCUUCCCCCCGGAGGCAUGGCCGCCGUCGGUCUCACCUGGCAGGAGUGCAUCGCCCAGUGUCCUAAGGGAGUGGUUCCAGCUUGUCACAACGCUGAGGACACGGUGACCGUCUCCGGGCCCCGGGACGCCGUCAGCAGCUUCGUGGCUACGCUGAAGGAGCAGGGCGUGUUUGCCAAAGAGGUCCGCAGCGCCGGCGUGGCCUUCCACUCCCACUACAUGUCGUCCAUCGCUCCGGUGCUGCUGGCGGCUCUGAAGAAGGUGAUCGUGGAGCCCCGGCGGCGUUCGGCCCGCUGGGUCAGCACCAGCAUCCCCCAGUCGGACUGGAAAUCUCCCCUGGCGCUGUUCAGCUCGGCCGACUACCACGUCAACAACCUGCUGAGCCCGGUUCUGUUCCAGGAGGGACUCCGUCUGAUCCCUGACGACGCCGUGGUGGUGGAGAUAGCACCGCACGCUCUGCUGCAGGCCAUCCUGAAGCGGAGUCUGAAGCACACCUGCUCCAUCCUCCCGCUGAUGAAGAGAGGACACCCCAACAACCUGGACUUCUUCCUGUCAAACAUCGGGAAUCUCCACGCCAACGGCAUCAACGUGGACUGUGACAGCCUCCACCCGGCCGUGAGCUACCCGGUCCCGGUGGGGACUCCCCUGAUCUCCCCGCUGGUGCAGUGGGACCACUCCCAGACCUGGGACGUCCCCAAGGCCGAAGACUUCCCCUGCGGCUCCGGGGGAUCCUCGUCUGCCACCGUCUACAACAUCGAGAUGAACCCGGACUCCCCAGACCAGUACCUGACCGGACACUGCAUCGAUGGGCGGGUUCUGUACCCGGCCACCGGGUACCUGGUGCUGGCCUGGCGCACCCUGGUGAGGAGCUCCGGGGUCGUGUUGGACAAGACUCCUGUCAACUUUGAGGACGUGACGAUCCACAGGGCGACCAUCCUGCCCAAGACCGGUUCGGUCCAGUUGGAGGUCCGGCUCAUGCCCGCCACCAACAGGUUUGAGGUUUCCGAGAACGGGAACUUGACCGUCAGUGGGAAGGUGAGCAUCCUGGAGGACACGGCCCUCGAGUCCUUCCAGAAACAGACAAACCUCCAAGUUCCCAGCGACGACGAAGACGCCAAGAUGAAACUCAAAGCUCACGACGUGUACAAAGAGCUGCGCCUGCGCGGCUACGACUACGGGAAGACCUUCCAAGGCAUCCUGGAGUCCAACAGCGCAGGAGACGACGGGAAGUUGCAGUGGACGGGAAACUGGGUGACGUUCUUGGACACCAUGCUGCAAAUGAUCGUGGUGGGACUUCCGGGGCGGAGUCUGCGUUUGCCGACGAGAAUCCGCUCCGUCUGCAUCGACCCUGUCGCCCACCUGGAGAAAGUCUCCGAGUACGCCGACGGAAAACAAGCCGUCCAGGUCCACGUGAGCCGUGUCCUGGACAACAUCCGGGCCGGGGGGGUCCAGAUCUGCGGGCUGCACGCCACCGUGGCCCCGCGGAGGCAGCAGCAGCAGAGCCCCCCCACGCUGGAGCAGUUUGUGUUUGUUCCACACGAGGAGACGCAGCGACUCGCUGGAGACCAGAGGCUGCUGGACACGCUGGAGGAGUGUAAAGGUCUGAUCCGCCGGCUGCAGCAGAAGUUGGCUCCUCACGGGGUCCAGCUGUCGGUCCCGGGUCUCCAGGACCAGCGGACCUCCGGUUCUGGCCCCGAGGCCACCGGGCCGGGCCUGCCGCGGCUGCUGGGCCUGCUCUGCGGGCUGGAGCUGAAUGGGAACCUGCAGUCGGAGCUGCAGCAGGCGGUGCAGACGGAGGAGGCGUGUCUGCGGCAGGACGGCCUGCUGCAGGCGCUGCUGCACGACGCCGCGCUGCGCCACUGCCUGGACACGGUUCUGGAGAACUGCAGCCCCGGCCGGGUCAGCGUGCUGGAGGCUCUCUCGGACGAAGGCCAGCUCUUCUCUCACGUGGUCCCCCUCCUCAACAUCCAGCCCAUGCUGCAGGUGGACUACCGGGCCUCGGCCCCCAGCCUGGACCUGCUGGCCCCCCACCAGACGGUCCUGGAGGAGCUGGCGGUGACGCCGGCCCGCUGGGACCCCCUGAACGGCCCCCCGGGGUCCGGACCCGACAGCGGGACGGGGGCCGACCUGGUGCUCUGCAACCACACCUGGGCCCCCGGCCGGCAGGACCCGGCCCGGCUGGUGGCCGGCCUGGCGGGGGCCGCCGGGCCCCGGGGCUUCGUCCUGCUGCACACACUCCUGAAGGGGGACACCCUGGGGGACGUGGUGGCCUUCCUGAGCAGCUGCGUCCAGGACGGGAGCAAGGGGGGGCUGCUGACCCAGGCCGAGUGGGAGCAGCUGUUCUCCGAGGCGUCGCUGACCCCGGUUUCCGUCAAGAGGUCGUUCUUCGGCUCCGCCCUCUUCCUGUGUCGCCGCCGGCCUCAGGUCCCAGCGCCGGUCCUGGUACCGGUGGACGCCGCUGACUGCAAGUGGGUGGAGACUCUCAAGGUUCUGAUGGCCGAGUCGUCGGACCCGCGGCCCGUGUGGCUGACGUCCUCCCAGCCCUCCAGCGGGAUUGUGGGUAUGGUGAACUGUCUGCGGCAGGAGCCCGGCGGAGACCGGAUCCGCUGCGUCUUCGUGUCCAACCUGAAAGAGUCCUCUGCGGCGCCGAGCCUCCAGCCGGGCCCCGGGCCCCUGCAGCCCGUCACCGCGGGCGACCUGGUGAUGAACGUGUUCCGGGACGGACGCUGGGGCUCCUUCAGACACCAGCUGGUCCCUCACGAUCUGAGGGAGGAGGCGACCGACGCCGCCUACGUCAACGUGCUGACCCGGGGGGACCUGUCCUCCCUGCGCUGGAUCGCCUCGCCGCUGCGCCACUUCAGCACCGACAACCCCAACGUGCAGCUCUGCAGCGUCUACUUCAGCUCGCUCAACUUCCGGGACAUCAUGCUGGCCACGGGGAAGCUGCCGCCCGACGCCAUUCCAGGAGACCAAGCUCUGCAGCAAUGCAUGCUGGGUAUGGAGUUUUCCGGGCGAAGCCCCGCCGGUGGACGUGUGAUGGGGCUGCUGCCGGCUAAAGGCCUGGCCACGACCGUAGACGCUGACAAACGAUUCCUGUGGGACGUUCCUGGGGACUGGAGCCUGGAGCAGGCGGCCUCGGUGCCGGUGGUCUACGCCACCGCCUACUACUCCCUGGUGGUGCGAGGCCGGCUCCGCCCCGGAGAGACGGUGCUGAUCCACUCGGGCUCCGGCGGAGUGGGCCAGGCCGCCAUCGCCAUCGCCCUGAGCAUGAGGUGCAGAGUCUUCACCACCGUCGGCUCGGCGGAGAAGAGGGCCUACCUGCAGGACCGGUUCCCUCAGCUAUCGGAAGAGUCGUUCUCCAACUCCAGAGACACGUCGUUCGAGCAGCACGUCCUGCUGCACACCAAGGGAAAAGGCGUGGACCUGGUGCUGAACUCUCUGGCUGAGGAGAAGCUGCAGGCCAGCAUUCGCUGCUUAGCCAGACAUGGUAGAUUCCUGGAGAUCGGCAAAUAUGACCUUUCCAACAAUUCCCCUCUGGGUAUGGCUCUGUUCCUCAAGAAUGUGGCCUUCCACGGUAUCCUGCUGGAUGCUCUCUUUGAAGAAGGCAACAGGGAGUGGGAGGAAGUGUCCCAGCUGCUGAAGGAGGGCAUCAAGGGAGGUGUAGUUCAGCCUCUACGAACCACAGUCUUUCAGAGAGACCAAGUGGAGCAGGCCUUCAGAUUCAUGGCCCAGGGCAAGCACAUUGGCAAAGUCCUCCUGCAGGUUCGUCAGGAGGAAAAGGAUAAAGCUGUGAAGAAGGCUUCUCCUUUGUCUCUGCCGGCCAUCUGCCGCACCUUCUGCCUCCCAUCCCACUCCUACGUCAUCACUGGUGGACUGGGAGGGUUCGGUAUGGAGCUGGCUCAUUGGUUGAUGGAGAGAGGAGCCCGGAAACUGGUGCUGACAUCCAGAUCAGGCAUCAGGAAUGGUUACCAGGCCAAGAAGGUGCGCGAGUGGAGGAAUCAAGGAAUCCAGGUGUUGGUGUCGACCAGUGACGUCAGCACGCUGAAGGGAACAGAGCAGCUGGUCGCUGAGGCCUGUACGCUGGGUCCAGUGGGAGGAGUCUUCCAUCUCGCCAUGGUGCUGAGAGACGGGAUGUUGGAGAACUUGACCCCCGACCUCUUUGUUGACGUCAUCAAACCCAAAUUUGACGGCACCGUGCACCUGGACAGAGUCACCAGGAAGCUGUGUCCGGACCUCCGUCACUUCGUGGUCUUCUCCUCGGUCAGCUGCGGCCGUGGAAACGCCGGCCAGAGUAACUACGGCUACGCCAACUCGGCCAUGGAACGGGUGUGUGAGAAGCGGCACCACGACGGCCUCCCCGGGCUGGCCGUCCAGUGGGGCGCCAUCGGAGACGUGGGCGUGGUGCUGGAGACGAUGGGCGGCAACGACACGGUGAUCGGGGGCACCCUGCCCCAACGGAUCUCCUCCUGCAUGGAGGUGAUGGACCGGUUCCUCUGCCAGCAGCAGCCCGUCAUGUCCAGCUUUGUUCUGGCCGAGAGGACGGUGGUCCAGAGCGACGGGGGAGGACAGCGGGACCUGGUGGAGGCCGUCGCACACAUCCUGGGUGUGCGGGACGUGAGCAGCCUGAACGCUGACUCCUCAUUGGCCGACCUGGGCCUGGACUCCCUGAUGGGCGUGGAGGUUCGCCAGACUCUGGAGCGGGACUACGACAUCGUCAUGGCGAUGAGGGAGAUCCGCCAGCUCACCAUCAACAAGCUGCGGGACCUGGCCAAGAGCAAACCGGAGCGGUCGCCAGACGGAGAUCACGCCGCGGCCCAGAGAGACGCCGUCCGCUCCGUGCUGGAGUACGACGUCACCAAGCUGCUGGUGGACCCCGCCGGGCCCACGGCGGUGCCGCUCAACGCCGUCCAGAGCCAGGAGAGGCCGCUGUUCCUGGUCCACCCCAUCGAAGGCUCCACGGCCGCUUUCAGCACGCUGGCCGGCAAGCUGGCCGUGCCCUGCCACGGCCUGCAGUGCACACAAGCCGCCCCCCUGGACAGCAUCCAGGCUCUGGCCUGCUACUACGUGGGCUGCAUGAGGCGGGUCCAGAGAGACGGGCCGUACCGGGUCGCCGGCUACUCCUUCGGGGCCUGCGUGGCCUUCGAGAUGUGCUGCCAGCUCCAGAACCAGAACCAGGCCGUGGACUGGCUGUUCCUGCUGGACGGCUCGCACUCCUACGUGGCGGCCUACACCCAGAGCUACCGGGCCAAGCUGACGCCGGGGAACGAGUCUGAGGCCGAGACCGAGGCCUUGUGCGCCUUCAUCCAGCAGUUCACCGGCACCGAGUACAACAAGCUCCUGGAGACGCUGCUGCCGCUGCCGGACCUGAAGGCCCGCGUGGACGCGGCCGUGGAGCACAUCGUGUCGCGGCACCAGAGCGUGAACCGCCAGUGGCUGCACUUCGCCGCCUCCAGCUUCUACCGCAAGCUGAAGGCGGCCGACGGCUACCAGCCGGCGGGCCGUUACCGCGGCAACGUGGUGCUGCUGCGGGCCGGCACCGGCGGGGAGUACGAGCAGAACCUGGGAGCGGAUUACAAGCUCAGCGAGGUGUGCGACGGCGCCGUGUCCGUGCACGUCAUCGACGGCGACCACCGGACUCUCCUGGAAGGCGGCGGCGCCGACUCCAUCGGCAGCAUCAUCACCAGCUCGCUGGCUACGCCCAGGACGGGCUAAGCCCCGCCCCCUCGCCGUGGCCCCACCCACAUUCCUCCGUGGCUCCGCCUCCUCCAGGAGGAGGUGUUGGACCAGUCCAGAUGUCGGUCCUGCUGCUCCCACAUCUGCACCCCCUAAGCCCCGCCCCCUUUUUUAUUGUUAGGACUGUUACUGAUUUCUGCUCCCGCUACUCCGUGAACUGUGAGUUUGUUAGGACUAACACGUUUGAGGUUCUGAUCCCAACCCGCCUGAGCUGUUGCUGACACGCCCGGUCCCGGUUCUGGUUCUCCUGCUUCCUCCUCUCUCCAACGCUCAAACCUGCUCUCAUUAAAACCAGAACCAGAACCAGUUCUGCUUUAUUUUGACACACUUCUCCCAGAAGCCAACCCCACUGCAAAAACUCAAAAUCUUACCAGGAAUAUUUGUCUUAUUUCUAGUUAAAAUGUCUCAUUUUUAGUUAAAAAAAAUCUCAUUACACUUAAAACAAGACAUCACUGGAAAAAAACAACAAUUUUCACCUGUUUCAAGUAAAUUUUCACUUGAAAUAAGUAGAAAAAUCUGCUGAAAGAUUUUUUUGCUUGUAAUGAGAAGAUAAAUCUUGUUCCACUGGCAGAUUUUUCUACUUUUUUCAAGUGAAAAUUUACUUGAAACAGGUGAAAAUUGUCAAAUAACGGGUUAUUUUUCUGGGAAUGACUCUUGUUUUUAAGUGUAAUGAGAUUUUUUGACUAAAAAUUAGACAUUUUAACUAGAAAUAAGACAAAUAUUCCUAGUAAGAUUUUGACAGCUUUUGUUCUGAGAUCUCUGAUGGAGGAGCGGCGUCUCCAUGGAGACGAGGAGGAGGAGGAGCAGCGUUUCCACGGCGACGAGGCUCUUCUGUAGAUGGAGGUCCGAGAACGUUCCUCUCGGGACGUCGCUCGACCCGGGCCGACCCCGUUCCGUGCUCGGCGUCACCGCCGCGGUGCUGAGGUGUCAAUCAACAGCUCAGGUGUUGUAGGCCACGCCCCUUUACCGGUACCGGUGACGAGGCUGAUCCAGGCCCGGCCCGGAGACCUCCCCUGAGGUCAGUGAUGGGUCAGGUGACUGCAGUGAGCAGGAAGUGAAGGCGUUUGUUCCUCUGCCGGUUCUAGUUCUGAUGUUCUGACUAAUAAAAGCCUCACUCACCACA